GAGAAGGGGAGAGAGAAAGGAAAAUGCAUCGAGACUGGAAGAAAACUGUAGAGAAGUGCCCAGAGAUAGAUUUCCUUGUCUUCCUCCUCUCCUCUCCUUUUCUCUUUCAUUCCUUAUUUCUCCUUUGCUCUUCUCUCUCUCUGGCUUUCGCUCUCUCUGUCUCGGGGAGAGGAGACGAAAGAAAGAAAAGAAUUGAUGAGAAAAGUAGGUUUGGUGGUGGCCAUUUAUUAAAUGCAGAUCGACAGCAUGAGGAAGCAGCAGCAGCAGUAGAGCCGCGCGGGAAGCAGGAAAGAGUUGCAGUUUCCAUGGCGGCGUUUGCAGAGCUCUAAUUCCGUGCCAUUAUUGCCGCCUGCUACCACAAUUCACACACACACACACACUCCGAAAUACAAAAAACAAACAAAAUUCAAUUUCUCCUUUCUUCUUCUUCUUCUUUUCUCUUCUCUUCCUUCCUUCCUUCCUUUCUAUCUACUACUACUUCAACUGUUAGUUCUGCAACUCUCUCUCUUUCCCUGCUUCUCUCUAUCUGCCCUACCAACCUGAAAUUCUUGAGGUUGAGUAGAGCCAGCUGAGUUAGGUUUUCUCUUUUUUCCGGGGAAGGGGAGAGAUUAGGAUGUUAGGCUGCCGAAAUUGAGCUAGUUUAGAGAGGGAAAACGAGCUGAAUUCCGUCCCCGAAACGGCGCCGUUUCUUUCUGCUAUGGAUUUGGGGAGAAAAUUGGGGUUGGAUUUAGGCAAGAAAUGGCUGGGUGGUUCUAUCUGAGCGGAAGAGACGCAACUAUUUCAUCAGCAGCGGCGGCGGCAGCGGCAGCGGCAAGUAGUAAGAGAGAGGAGGAUAGGGAGGACAACAGCUUGUUUCUGUUUCGAGACGAAGAGAUCCACAACAACAACAACAACAGCGGCGCAAACGCAACCACGGCAGGCGGUGGGGGAGGACACAGAGGGUUCGGGUUCGAGAUAUGGCCGCAGUACUACCAGCAACAGCAGCAGCAGAAUCAGGCCAACAUCUACGCAGCGGCGUCGUUCGGACCGGCCGGGACGAGCCGGAGCUCUGAUGAUUCUUCGAGAUCAGGCGGAGGCGGAGGAGGGAUCAUGAUGAGGUCCGGAGGAGGAAGUGGUGGAUCGGCCGGGAUCAACUGUCAGGAUUGCGGCAACCAAGCUAAAAAAGAUUGCACGCACAUGAGGUGCCGAACCUGCUGCAAGAGCCGAGGGUUCCAGUGCUCCACCCACGUCAAAUCGACGUGGGUCCCUGCUGCCAAGCGCCGCGAGCGCCAGCAGCAGCUCGCGGCCGCGCUGCAGCAGCAGGAUCCUGCUCAGCCAUUGCAGGUUCCGUUCCGCGGCGAGGUCACGAAAAGGCUCCGAGAGAGCAGCCACCAUGGAGUAGUCGGCAGCAGCUCGUCGCGCUUAGCGACCGCAUCUGCUGCUGCCACCGGUUCAGGGUUGGAAGUGGGAGGGCAUUUCCCGAGCGAGGUGAACUCGUCGGCCGUGUUCCGGUGCGUGAAGGUGAGCUCGAUCGACGACGCGGAAGAACAGACGGCGUAUCAGACGGCUGUGAACAUAGGGGGACACGUGUUCAAGGGAAUUCUCUACGAUCAAGGCCCUGAUCAACAUCACCAUCAUCAAUCUCGUUACGGUGGAGAGAGCUCCUCGGGCGGCGGAGGAGGAGGGCAGCCAUUGCAUCUGAUAACGGCGGGGACAAGCGGAGGUGCGGCGGGGGCGGCGAGCGGUUGUGGGGGUGAUCAAGGAGGGAACCCUGCGGCUUCCGGGUCGAUGAUUGACCCGGCUUCUCUAUAUCCGGCUCCUCUCAAUGCGUUUAUAGCCGAGACGAAUGAAUAUGUUUAUAUGCAAGCAGAAUAGGAUUCUUUCUUGAAGAUAUAUUGGCUUCUACAGUUUACUAGAUUUGCUACAACAGGGAAAGCAAAGAAAAAAAAAUAUAUAUA